CCGAAGCGGGUGGGGGACUGGUUCUACAACAUUGCCUACAUCAUAAAUAUGUACACGUUAUGCUUAAAUAAAAGAUUAUCAGUUCAGACACAACCUUUCUUUAAAGCGUACUUUAAAAGUAUGCACAUUCCCAACUACUGAGUGACCGGAAGCCUGUUGCUAAAAUUCUCAAUAACUAGUAAUAUAUAGAUACUGUGGAACUACAACGUACUCGUAGUUGUGUAACGGAAAUGGACUAGUAACUUUGCUACGGAUUGCUUUGUAGACUUUGCCCUCCUCGGUGGUGUGAUUAGUAGAGCAUUCAGAAAUGGCUGACACAAUCGAGGUUCUGGAACAGCAACGUUUCAACGAAAAGGCACUUGAUCUUUGUUUAUGUAGCAGUCUAGUAGGGAUUUCUACAAACACAGGUCUAAAAGUCAGACAAUACAGGUCUGGACAGUCUAACCCAACCUUCCAUCUUCAGAAAGGAGACAAACAGUUUGUACUAAGGAAGAAGCCACCGGGGCCACUCCUGCCUGGAGCACACAAGGUUGACCGAGAAUACAGAGUGCAGAAGGCUUUGUUUUCAGCUGGAUUUCCUGUGCCUCAACCUCUGCUGUACUGUGAUGAUGUGUCUGUGAUUGGCACAGAAUUUUAUGUGAUGCAACAUGUGGAGGGUCGUAUCUUCAGAGAUAUCACAUUGCCUGAAGUUAGUGCAGCAGAACGCACUGCUUUGUAUGUCGCUGCAGUAGAGACUCUGGUCAAACUUCAUACGUACAACUGGAAAGCUUUGGGAUUAGAAGGCUUUGGUAAAGGUGGAGGUUACUGCAAAAGACAGGUAAUAACCUGGACAAAACAGUACAACAGUGCUGCUCAAACAGACCUACCUGCUAUGAAUCAGCUGUCAAACUGGUUAAUGAAUAAUUUGCCAACGGAUGAUAAAGAAGCCACUUUGGUGCAUGGAGAUUUCCGCAUUGAUAACAUUAUUUUCCAUCCAACAGAGUCUCGGGUACUGGCAGUUCUUGACUGGGAACUUUCAACAGUUGGACAUCCCCUUGCAGAUUUAGCUUAUUUCUGUUUGCCCUACUUCUGGCCUAAAAACAUUAACUACUUUGGACAGACUGUAUUCAGCAGUGUUAGACAUACUGAAGGAAUUCCUUCUCAUGAAGAACUGAUCUCUGUUUAUUGUCGAUGCAGGGGACUUUCAACCCCAUUGCCAUAUUGGAACUUCUUCCUUGCCUUGUCAUUUUUCAAAUCAGCAGGAAUAGCUGAGGGUAUAUAUGCCAGGCAUCUUCUUGGAAAUGCUAGUGCAGAAUCUGCACACGAGUUCGUUAACUUUGUUAAACCUCUUGCCGAAGCUGGACUGAGUUUUACCAAAAGCUAUCCCAUAGAAUUGCAUUCAAGUACCUCAAGAAAUAUAUUCCAGCAGACGAGGAAAGGUGAGAGAAUCCUGGAGCAGGUGAAAGACUUUAUGAAACAACACAUUUAUCCCGCUGAAAAGGAAGUUGCAGAAUAUUAUGCUAAGCAUAAUAACUCCCCUUUGAGAUGGGAACGACCUCCAGUAAUUGAGAAACUGAAGAACAAAGCUAAAGCUGAGGGUCUAUGGAACCUGUUUCUGCCAGGAGUCAGUGGUUUAAGCCAACUGGACUAUAGCUUCAUUGCAGAAGAGAUGGGAAAAUGUCUCUUUGCUUCAGAAAUUUUCAAUUGCCAGGCACCAGAUACUGGAAACAUGGAAGUACUUCACAUGUAUGGAACUGAAGAACAGAAAAGACAAUGGCUGGAGCCACUUCUUCGAGGGGAGAUACACUCCUGCUUCUGCAUGACUGAACCAGAUGUUGCUUCAAGCGAUGCUACAAAUAUUGCAUGUACCAUUCAACGAGAUGGAAACGACUAUGUUAUAAAUGGCAAAAAGUGGUGGAGUAGUGGAGCUCGGAAUCCCAACUGCAAGAUAGCAAUUGUCCUUGGCCAAACUGGAGAUUCUGUACAAAGACACAGGAAACACAGUAUGAUCCUUGUUCCCAUGGACACACCAGGAGUGAAGAUAACCAGAGCUCUGACAGUGUUUGGAUAUGAUGAUGCAGUCCACGGUGGUCAUUUUGAAGUACUUUUUGACAACGUACGUGUGCCUUUGUCUAAUAUGUUACUAGGUGAAGGAAGAGGAUUUGAGAUUGCACAAGGACGGUUGGGUCCAGGUCGUAUACACCACUGCAUGAGAGCAAUAGGCACUGCUGAGCGUGCUUUAUCAUUAAUGUGUGAGCGUGCAGCACAGAGGACGACUUUUGGCAAGAAGCUUUAUGAGCAUGAAGUAGUUGCACACUGGAUAGCAGAAUGCCGUAUUGACAUUGAACAAACCAGACUGCUCACACUGAAAGCUGCUAAAGCAAUCGAUGUUUUGGGAAGUGCAGCUGCAAGAAAAGAGAUCGCAAUGAUCAAAGUGGCUGUUCCAAGAAUGACUUGCAAAGUGGUGGACUGUGCUAUUCAGUGCUUUGGUGCUGCAGGAGUUUCCCAAGAUUUUCCUCUAGCAGUUAUGUAUUCUAUGGUACGCACUCUACGAAUUGCAGAUGGACCUGAUGAAGUUCACCUCACAGCAAUAGCAAAAAUGGAGCUAAGAGACCAGCUUAGACACCUGACAGCAAGGAUGUAAAGUCCCCAAGCUUUCAAACAUAUACCUAACAAAAAUUGUCCAUUUGAAGCCAAGUUCUUACAAGCAGCCUGCAGUUAGAAUUUUGAUUAAGAAAACUGAUUUAAAAUUUAAAUUCAAAGCAAAUAAAGAUACUUAGCAUAACCUUUUUUAAUGUUAUGAAAUGUCUAUUCCUUGAUUAAACCAGUUUUAAUGA